AUGGCACAGAGCAUCCUUAUCAUCAACGGGCCAAACCUCAAUCUGCUCGGAACGAGAGAGCCUCAGAUAUACGGCUCAACAACGCUCAACGACGUCGUAACGCAAGCCCAAGCCCAAGAGGCAGAGCUAUCCAUACGGAUCGAAGCCUUCCAGUCCAAUCACGAAGGAGCCAUUGUAGACAAGAUCCAAGCCGCUCGCGGAGCCAAGGACGGAAUCAUCAUCAACCCCGGAGCCUUUACCCAUACUAGCGUUGCCAUUCGAGAUGCUCUUCUUGGCGUGGGCAUUCCGUUUGUCGAGGUCCACGUAUCGAAUGUACAUGCACGGGAGCAAUGGAGGCGACACAGCUAUUUGAGCGACAAGGCGGAGGCGGUCAUUUGUGGGUUGGGCGUGUUUGGGUAUACAGCUGCAAUUGAGUUUGCCGCGAAGCAUAUGAAGGUCAAGACAGCAUCACCUAGACUGUAA